UGAAUCGAAAGAGGUUGGUUUGUUGAUAAGACAACUAUAAAAACCGACUCCCUCCCGCUAAUUCUUCCCAUCUCGUCAACUCAAAUCCUCUCUUCUCCCAUAUACACACACAGAUUAAAGCCCUCUCUGAAUCUCCUAGCCUUCUCUCUGUAAUGGAAGAUCCAGUUCGCUGUUCCGUUAUCAUCGUCGGAGCUGGUAUCGCAGGCAUAACGGCGGCGAAAGUGUUGGCGUUGAAUGGGGUGGAGGACGUAAUGAUACUGGAAGCGGCGGACAGGAUCGGAGGGAGGAUAAGGAAGGACGAAUUUGACGGUGUGACGGUGGAGCUCGGCGCCGGAUGGAUUGCUGGCGUCGGCGGCAAGCAGUCCAAUCCCGUCUGGGAGCUCGCCCGCCAGUGCGACCUCCGCACCUGCUUCUCCGACUACAGCUGCGCCCGUUACAACAUCUACGACCGCAGCGGGAAGAUAUUUCCGAUUGGAAUCGCUGCUGACUCGUACAAGAAAGCGGUUGACUCAGCGAUCCAGAACCUCAGGAGCCAACAGGCCAACCACGACGCCACCGUCUCCGACUCUUCAAAUCUUCCCGAAACGCUGCUGUCUAUUCCAAAAACACCGAUAGAGCUAGCAAUAGACUUCAUUCUCCAUGACUUCGAGAUGGCAGAAGUUGAGCCUAUAUCGACGUACGUAGAUUUUGGGGAGAGAGAAUAUCUCGUUGCGGACGAAAGGGGUUACGAGCAUUUACUUUACAAAAUGGCGGAAACCUUCCUUUCUACGUCAGAGGGAAAAAUUGUGGAUAGCCGUCUCAAGCUUAACACGGUUGUUCGGGAAGUGCAGCACUCAAGGAAUGGCGUUACAAUUACCACUGAGGAUGGUUUUGUCUACGAAGCCAGUUACGUUAUUUUGUCCGUUAGCAUUGGCGUUCUCCAAAGCGAUCUUAUUUCCUUCGCACCACCCUUGCCAAAUUGGAAAAUGGAAGCAAUCAGGAAUUGUGAAAUUAUGGUUUACACCAAGAUAUUUCUCAAGUUCCCCUACAGUUUCUGGCCAUGUGGUCCCGGAAAGGAGUUCUUCAUCUAUGCCCAUGAGCGAAGAGGCUACUAUACAUUUUGGCAGCACAUGGAAAAUGCUUACCCAGGGUCCAAUAUUCUGGUGGUGACACUAACGAAUGGGGAGUCAAAACGUGUGGAAGCUCAAUCAGAUGAAGAAACAUUGAAGGAAGCAAUGGAAGUACUGAGGAACAUGUUUGGGCCAGAUAUUCCUAUUGCCACUAACAUACUAGUCCCACGUUGGUGGAAUAAUAGAUUCCAACGUGGCAGCUACAGUAAUUACCCCAUCUACGGCAAUCACCAACUUGUGCAUAACAUCAAGGCACCGGUAGGGCGCAUAUUUUUCACAGGAGAGCACACCAGUGAGAAAUUUAGUGGUUAUGUCCAUGGAGGUUAUUUUUCAGGUAUAGACACUUGCAAAGCUCUUCUUGAAGAGAUGAGAAAGGAAGAGGGAAGAAAGAGCGAAUCUCAAGCUCUAUUACUGGAGCCAUUGUUAGGAUCGUUAACGUUGACGCAAGCAGACGCUGUUUCUACAGGUCUCCACAAAUGUGACAUUAGACGGCUCUUCCUCAGCGGGGGACUCCCAGAAGCCAUCUUAUGAGUUAGUUAUGACUAAAUAUAAUGGAUCUGCAGGUGUUGACACUUACAUUGCCAAAGAUAACAAUGAUUUGAUUACUACUGAGAUUUGUGGACCUCACAAUGAAUACAAGACAAGCCCUUAAAUGCACCAACAGACAGCGUCAGAGUAAAUUCACUAGAGGAUUGCAAGAGGUGGAAACGUAUGAAGAUUGUUCUCCCUGAGUAGCCAAGCUAGCAAGGGAUAUAUCAUUUUGAUAGAAAUUGAUCAAGAAUUUUAUUUUUUUUUUAAUUUUUUUUUUCCUGGUUGCAACCCACUGAAAACUAAAAAUGCGAUUGGUACAAGAAUUCCAAUUUGUCCUAUCUUUCAAUUAUAAAAUUUCAAAAACAAUGUAUUGCUA